AUGCGCCCUCAGAAAAAGAUGUCCCACCUGGCCUCUGGCGGGAAAUGUGACCUUGAGGGUGAGCUGGAUAAGGAGAAGCUCUCCUGGCUCCCCCACAGAACAGGACCAGCACCAGGAAAGCUGCUUGCCCUCACGGUGAUUGGAGAAUUCCACGGCCUGUCAGCACUCUGCAAAGCUCCAGCCCAGCCCAGCCCAGCCCAGCCCAGCCCAGCCCAGCCCAGCCCAGCCCAGCCCAGCCCAGCCCAGCCCAGCCCAGCCCAGCCCAGCCCAGCCCAGCCCAGCCCAGCCCAGCCCAGCCCAGCCCAGCCCAGCCCAGCCCAGCCCAGCCCAGCCCAGCCCAGCCCAGCCCAGCCCAGCCCAGCCCAGCCCAGCCCAGCCCAGCCCAGCCCAGCCCAGCCCAGCCCAGCCCAGCCCAGCCCAGCCCAGCCCAGCCCAGCCCAGCCCAGCCCAGCCCAGCCCAGCCCAGCCCAGCCCAGCCCAGCCCAGCCCAGCCCAGCCCAGCCCAGCCCAGCCCAGCCCAGCCCAGCCCAGCCCAGCCCAGCCCAGCCCAGCCCAGCCCAGCCCAGCCCAGCCCAGCCCAGCCCAGCCCAGCCCAGCCCAGCCCAGCCCAGCCCAGCCCAGCCCAGCCCAGCCCAGCCCAGCCCAGCCCAGCCCAGCCCAGCCCAGCCCAGCCCAGCCCAGCCCAGCCCAGCCCAGCCCAGCCCAGCCCAGCCCAGCCCAGCCCAGCCCAGCCCAGCCCAGCCCAGCCCAGCCCAGCCCAGCCCAGCCCAGCCCAGCCCAGCCCAGCCCAGCCCAGCCCAGCCCAGCCCAGCCCAGCCCAGCCCAGCCCAGCCCAGCCCAGCCCAGCCCAGCCCAGCCCAGCCCAGCCCAGCCCAGCCCAGCCCAGCCCAGCCCAGCCCAGCCCAGCCCAGCCCAGCCCAGCCCAGCCCAGCCCAGCCCAGCCCAGCCCAGCCCAGCCCAGCCCAGCCCAGCCCAGCCCAGCCCAGCCCAGCCCAGCCCAGCCCAGCCCAGCCCAGCCCAGCCCAGCCCAGCCCAGCCCAGCCCAGCCCAGCCCAGCCCAGCCCAGCCCAGCCCAGCCCAGCCCAGCCCAGCCCAGCCCAGCCCAGCCCAGCCCAGCCCAGCCCAGCCCAGCCCAGCCCAGCCCAGCCCAGCCCAGCCCAGCCCAGCCCAGCCCAGCCCAGCCCAGCCCAGCCCAGCCCAGCCCAGCCCAGCCCAGCCCAGCCCAGCCCAGCCCAGCCCAGCCCAGCCCAGCCCAGCCCAGCCCAGCCCAGCCCAGCCCAGCCCAGCCCAGCCCAGCCCAGCCCAGCCCAGCCCAGCCCAGCCCAGCCCAGC